GACUCUGGGGAAGGAUAGAGUGAGAAAGGAAGCGAAAGGCAGGCGGCAAGAUACAGAUAGCUGGACAGAUUGAAGGAGAAGCAGACAGACGGUCUCAGGGACAGACUAACAGCAGCUCAGGGACAGACAGAGUGCUGUCUGCAUCAUGAACCGCUUCAGGACAUCCAAAUUCAAGAACUGCAUACCCAAGAUCCCCAAAAAACAGGACUGGAUCGGGGAUAUUGGCGCGGCCUCGUCUUCAUCCAAUGGGAACAAUAUCAAGUGCGGGCAGCGGCUGAUCGCGUAUAACACGGAGAGCGCAGGGGUCCUGGGAAUCACCCCGCUGGAGGUCUGCAACGGAGAGAAGAGGUCAUUUUCUCGGCUUCACUGUCACUCAGACUUGGUGUCCGAUUUUGCUUUCUCUCCGUUUAACGACAACCUGCUGGUCACCGGAUCCAACGAUCAGACGGUGAAGCUGUGGGAUGUCGCCAAGCCAGGGGACGAGGGUGGCCCCGCCGGUGUCCUGCCGGGGAUCGGCGCACCAGUGCGGGCUCUGCAGUUCCACCCUGCGGCAGAUGGCCUCCUUGUAACCGCGGCCGGGAAGACGGCGCAGAUAUGGGAUAUCUCCCGCGAGGCCAGCUUAGCAGCCCUGGAUUUACAUGGAGACCAGGUGCAGAGUGUUAGCUGGAGUCAGGAUGGGUUCCUGUUGGGGACAACCUGUAAAGACAAGAGGCUGAGGGUCUUUGAUGUCCGGAAGAAUACGGCAGCCUGCCAGGACACACAAGGCCAUGAUAAUAACAAGGACUCUCGGGUACAGUGGACGAGUUCCGGCAACCACCUGUUAACAUCGGGAUUUAACCAGGUCCGGGAGCGAGAGCUGCUGCUUUGGGAUCUUCGGAACUUCAGCCGCCCAUCGGCAACCUUCUCGCUGGAUGCCUCCUCAGGGCUUCUCAUCCCUCUGUAUGACGCCGACACGGGAUUGCUGAUUCUCGGGGCUCAGGGUGAAGGGACUGUGUACUGUAUGGAGGUCAGCACCGAGCCCCCCGCGUUAAUGCAGAUCUCGCAGUGUGUCACGGAGGAGCAGUCGCGUGGCCUGGCCUUGGUUCCCAAGCUGUGUCUCGAUGUGAUGAGCUGUGAGGUUCUGCGCCUUCUCCAGCUGACUGACAGGUUCAUUAUUCCCAUCAGUUACAGCAUCCAGCGCAAGUCUGUAAAGGAGUUCCAGGCUGAUCUGUUCCCGGACACAGCUGGCUUUACCUCUGCCCUCUCAGCUCAGAGCUGGUGGGAAGGAGACAACAAGCAAGUGCAGAAAGUCUCCCUGGACCCGUCCCGCAAGCCGUCCACCGCUUGCCAGUUAAACCUCAAAAAACAGGCCAGUCCGAAGCAGCAGGACGUUGUGUCACCCAGUGCCGACCCGAGUGUUGGUAGCGGUCUCUCCUCUCCCUCCAGCUCCGUCACCAGCCCCUCUAGUGGAAUCGUUUCCAGCGCCAGCCAGCGCUCAUUGCAGAACAUUUUGGGUCCCAGCUCACGUUUCCGUCACAUUCAGGGAACCGUCCUGCAUCGUGACAACCAUAUCAGCAACCUGCGUGGGGUGAGCCAGAGCACGCCAGGGGAGAGUGAUGGGUUCUGCCUAAACUACCAGCGCUUGGCGCUCCCGUUGGCUGGUCCUGGGGGUCAAGUAGCCGUGUUGGAGCUGUCGCAAACCGGACGUCUCCCGGACACACUGCCCACUGUCCAGAACACGGUGCCGGUGACGGAUCUCGCCUGGGACCCUUUCAACCCUCACAGACUGGUAACCGGGUGUGAAGAUGGACGCAUACGUGUUUGGCAGAUUCCAGAGAACGGUCUGACGGAGACCCUUACGGAACCGCAGACUGUGCUCACUGGCCACAACGAGCGGAUUUACACCGUGCGAUUUCAUCCUUGCGCCUCUGACAUCCUUGCGUCAUCUUCUUAUGACCUGACCGUGCGAGUCUGGGACCUUCAGACCGGAAAAGAAGUCCUGAAGCUGCAAGGACACGAGGAUCAGAUCUUCUCUCUGGCCUGGAGUCCAGACGGUAGAUUCCUGGCCACUUGCAGCAAAGACCAGCGCGUCCGGAUAUAUGAGCCGCGGAUCUCCGAUCAGCCGCGUCAGGACGGAGCUGGACCUGAAGGAGCGCGGGGUGCUCGAGUUCUUUGGGUGUGUGAUGGGAAGUACCUGCUGGUCUCUGGAUUUGACUGCCGAAGCGAGCGCCUGUUGUCCCUGUACAGCACGGAGGACUUGAAACGGGGUCCGAUUAUCUCUCUGAGCCUCGAUGUAUCCCCAUCCACACUCAUCCCCCACUACGAUCCGGACACCAGCCUCCUGCUGCUUACUGGGAAGGGUGACACCAGGGUCUUUCUGUAUGAGGUUCUACCAGAGUCUCCUUACUUUCUGGAAUGUAAUAGCUUCAGCUCCAGCGAUCCACAUAAGGGUCUGCAGUUCCUGAGGAAGGUGGAUUGUUCCGUGGGUGAUGUAGAGGUUUUGCGAUCUGUGCGGCUCAGUCCCAGUUCCCUGGAGCCUGUGGCCUUCCGAGUACCACGUGUCAAGAAAGAGUUCUUCCAAGAUGAUGUUUUCCCACCAUCACGGGUCAGCUGGGAACCAGCUUUGUCUGCAGAUAAAUGGCUGAGUGGGAAAGACCAGCAACAGCGCAGUAUUAACCUGUGUCCUGAAGGCAUGAUACCAGUGAGCAAGGCUCCUAAAGAAGCCCCCAUCAGAAAGAUUCUUCCAUCGUCUGUCUACCUGCAGGAGAAGAGCGACGAGCAAAAGAAAGAGGAGCUUCUGAAUGCUAUGGUAGCGAAGCUGGGAAAUCGAGAUGACCCCCUACCCCAAGACGCCUUUGAAGGGGUGGAUGAGGAUGAAUGGGAUUAGACGUGACCUCCCGUGCCCCCCAGCUGCCUCCUCGCCCCCAGCCCUCUCCCGUCUAACUGGAAAUCCUUUGGAAGGCAGCUGAGCUUCUGAUACAUUCCAAGGCCGGGGUAAAAUAAACUCAGGACAAGAUGUUUACGCACACCCUGCAUUCCUAACCAGUCAGAAACGAGACUUCCCUCCGCCCCGGGCCAUGUCUUCGAACGCACAGACUGUUAAUUGGCAGCAUUAUUCCCCCCGCCGUGCCACAUGAUGAGGGCACCUCGCUGUAGUGUCAAUUAGCGGGAGCUGAGGACCUUUGGUGCCGCAAGCAUUUUUGCAGCUUUAUCCACCCAACAUUGGACAAUCAGUUCAAAAUACAUCCCAGCUUACUGGAACGGCCCUUCCCAGCUGGAGGUUCCAUUAAAGACAUCAUCAGGAUCACCGACUUACCAUGUCAAAGGAGAGUCCAUGGAUGGGCCCAGAGACUGUAGAACAUGUCCAGCACAUUCCCAGAUACUGUUCUUAUAGAAAGAAUUACAAUACAGUCGUAUCGGGGUCUCCAGCAGCCUCCUAACCUCAUGUUUACCUGCCGUGUAGAAGCCAUAUAUGUUACUAACACACGGGUUGCCAAAUCUGCCCCUCCGAGCAGGGCAAGCUCCGCAACUUCUAAUAAAAUCCAUACAAAGCA